UAAUAAUAACAAUAAAUCUGAGACUACUUUACCUGAUUUGCCGCCAGAAUCGACAUUGAAAACUACGAUGACUGGGCGCUGGUAUCCAGUUUAUUCAACAUAUAAGCGAACAUUUAGCUAUAUGGACAUCGAUUACAUAGCCGAUACUGAACCGGCCAUAUUCAAUAUAAUAUUUAAUGAUUAUAAUCCAAAUAAAAAGCCCCGUAUUGGACACACCAUUUUUGAUAACGAUAAUAGUCUAUUGGUUACCUAUAAUAAUAAAGAUGAUGACCAUCAACAGGCUAUUUAUCAUAUACUAGGAUAUGAUCCGAAUCGUUAUGUAAUUAUUAGAUUUGAAAGCACUAUAACUAAUAAAGUUGGCGUAACUGUCUAUUCAAGAGGCGAUGGACCGAAUCAAUUGAAUCUAUUGAAUAUCGCAAACAAUAUAUUGAAUCGUUUGGGUCUUAACUAUAACUUACAACAAACUGAUACAAAUGGAUAGUUUUAAUCAAACAAAUAAUAAUAAUAAUAAUUA